UUCCUUCCACCUGCGCCGCGGCGCCGCCAUGGAGCCCACCCACGCACGAGCCCACGCAAGCUCCAUCCAUCUCCACGCACAUAUAUAACCAGCUCCACUUAGCUAAGCUCAGGCCAGACACACAAACUACUACUCCACAUCAGUUCACCGCCGGCAAAAGCAGCGAAACAGAGUCCACGUCCCCAUGAUGUGCAGCUCCGAUCAUUUCGCCAGUAAUAAUCACUUGUACCUUCAGCACAAUCACCAGAGGUUACCGGGGACUGGGGUCGUGGAGGCCUGCGAUCUCGAGAGGAUCCGGCACGAGCAGAGCCGGCAUGGCCAGGAGGCGGAGGAGCACCGGUCGGACCCGAGCGCGGCGCUGACGACGUACCUGACCUUCCUGGAGCACAAGGUCGGGCAGCUCCGCGGGAUCCUCUGCUCCGCGCCGCGCCACCCGCAGCAGCAGCGCGCCAUCGUCUCCGCCGAGCUCCGCUGCAUCAUCGUGCAGCUCUCCUCCAUCGCCAACGACCUCGCAUCCGACUCCGGCGCCGGGGCGGCGGACGUGGCCCCGUACGAGCCCAGCGAGGAGAGGUCGCCGUCGCUCUCGGACGCCACGCACGACGACUCCGACGACCACGCCGGGGCUGACGACGGCGGGGAGGAGGAGGGGGAGGGGCCGUACGAGGUGGUGCAGAUCGAGAAGGAGGCGAUCCUGGCGCCGCACGCGCACUGCUGCAAGGUGUGCGGCAAGGGGUUCAAGCGCGACGCCAACCUGCGCAUGCACAUGCGAGGCCACGGCGACCAGUACAAGGCGCCCGGCGCGCUCGCCAGGCCCGGCUCGCCGGCGCCGGGGGCGGGGACGGAGAGGCGCUUCUUCUACUCGUGCCCCUACGCCGGGUGCAAGCGCAACAGGGAGCACCGGGACUUCCAGCCGCUCAAGACCCCCGUCUGCGUCAAGAACCACUACCGCCGGAGCCACUGCGACAAGAGCCACGUCUGCUGCCGCUGCGGCGUCAAGCGCUUCUCCGUGCUCGCCGACCUCCGCACCCACGAGAAGCACUGCGGCCGCGACCGCUGGGUCUGCUCCUGCGGCGUCUCCUUCUCCAGGAAGGACAAGCUCUUCGCCCACGUUGCCAUCUUCGACGGCGGCCACACGCCCGCUCUGCCGCCCAGCGACGACGAAGCCACCGGCCACUGCACCGCCGCCACUGCCACUGCCACUGCCAUUAACAGUGUCCUCGUGCCCGGCUCCGGUGGGUUGCUCCCGACCGGUGGCGAGGAAGCAGUGAACCUGAUGGAACAGAGCUUCUCCGGUCAAAUGCUCGACGGUCUCAACUGCUCCGGCGCCAAAGUGGGCAUUGACGACGUCAGAGCAAAGCUCUCCUCCCCAGUCGGCAUUGACUUCUGUGACUUCGAUGGCUUCGACCUCUUGGGAGCAGUUGCAAUGGACUUCAAUUUCUGAUACUCUCUCAUCCUGAUGAAAAACUAGAUCUUUUUUUUUUCUUUGGAUAAGGAGGUUAAUGUUAAACCAAAUUGGUUGGCACUAGCAUGCACAGCAAUUAGGAAACUGUUGAACGGAUUAAGACAAAUAUUUCUACUCCUGCAAUUCAGCAACCACCAUGACGAUGACAUUGAUUAUUUAUAUUUAUCUGAAGGGAAUUGAGAUGCUGAAGUGACAGAUAAUGAUCCAACUGAACUUAAGGAAAGCAUUAGGACAUUUUGGGACUUGCUGCAGUUGCAGGCAUUAUUCAGUACUAGUUCAGAGGUCAGACUUCCAUGUUCAUCAUAUCUGAUAAUCAUAAUCAUCAAUAAGCGUGUACAGUGACUAGAGUUG